AUGUCCUCCAAGCCAAAGAUCUCAUGCAGCCAUUGUGGUGGCCUUUUUUCUCACCGUGGUAUCAAAAGACAUGAGGUUUCCUGUCAGCGAGACUUGCACCAGCGUGUCGCCGAUACACGUUUUGAGAAAGCAGUUUUACAACCGACCUACGUUACGUCAAGUGUUUCUCCAUCAGUAACACUAGGAGAUACGCAUGAAUCUUUAUACGUAUCUGAUAGUCAGGUCUCUGACAGCUUGAAUCAUGAUUGGGCACAUGCUUAUUCUCAUGUUGAUGAAGCCAAUAGUUUUGUGGACAUACCCGAUAGUCCUGUGACAUCAGAAGCUGAGAACGGAGACCCAGAGCUUCAAGUUGAUGACAUCCAAAUGAUAUUCCACCCAUCCAGUGGUAAAGCGACCAUAAUUGACCAUUUUGAUCAGUACCAGUCCCAAGCAGCAGAUCAACAUAUUGAUCCUCCGAUCGAUCAAUGUCCCUGGUGUCCCUUCUCAUCCCGUUGGGAUUUUAACAUCGCAGAAUUUGUCCUAGAUGCUGCACUUAGUGAAAGGCAAAUGGACAAGUUUUUCAAGCUGUUGAAAUCCUCGGCACUAGAUGAGGCACACCUUACUCCUUCAGAUAUCAAAACUAGAAAGGAUGUGAAAACUAGCUGGGACCAGUGCAGCAAACUUGAACUUGUCAAGGACUCUACACUGGAGCCGCAUUUUGUUUGGGAUGCUACCCACUUAUCAAAGUGGAAUGGGUCCACAUUUGAAAGGUUUGUCAAUGAACCUUGGACCGCCCAAGCAUUUUGGGAUCUCCAAAUGGCCCUGCCAGAGGGUGGAAAGCCAUUGUACAUUAUCCUGUAUGCAGACAAAACCCGUCUAUCAUCAUUUGGGACUGCACAAGGUUAUCCAGUAGUGGCACGUUGUGGAAAUCUGCCCGUUCACAUUCGGAAUGGAAAAGGAGUUGGCGGUGGACGUGUUGUUGGUUGGUUGCCAGUGAUAAAGGAGGAUCCAAAACAUACCGGAAAGAAAUAUUAUGUUGAUUUCAAGCGUCGUGUAUGGCAUACGGCGAUGAAGGCAAUGAUGGUUCUGAUACGAGGCGUUAAUGGUGACGCACCAUGUCCAAUUUGCCUAGUUCCCAAGCUAGAACAAUAUAAUCUGGAGAUGGAAUAUGAACUCCGAACUUCUGAACGUACCAGAGAAAUUCUUCAAAGGGCCAGAGGACUUAGGACCCAGGAAUUGUGGGAUGAUUAUCUUGGUGAGUUUGGGCUGCGAAACAUUGACAACGUCUUUUGGACUAUUGAGGCAUGUGAUCCAUUCCGGUCCCUUUCUUGGGAUAGGCUACACGCCUUUCAGGAUGGUCUCUUUGGGCAUCAUCUUCGAGGAGAACUUGUCCGUCGUAUCAAAGCUCUUGGACAUGCUUAUGCUAGUCAAGCUGAUAAUCAAGUUCAAAAGUUUCCUCGUUGGAGGGAUUUGAAUCAUUUUGAAAGUGGCUUCAUGGCAGUUACCUUCACCGAUGGCACUAAGUAUGAGGAUCUAUCAAAGCAAAUUAUAUUUGUCACACACAACAUACUCAGCGAGACACAGGACAGCCAUGGAUAUCAUUUAUUGAAGUGCAUCUGUAGCUACCUUGUUCUCAAUGUGAGUACCAAGAACUCACUCGAACAGUUAGCGAGAAACCAAAGUCUUGGAACUUUCCGAAGGUACAUUCACACCCGGCAUCUCCCUGAUGACAUUCUGGCAAAAGGAGUAUCCCGGAAUUACGACACCAAGCCCAAUGAAAAUAUGCAUGGUCCACUCAAGGAUGCAUAUCAGCUAAGGACGAACUUCAAAGAGGUCGCUGAGCAGAUCCUCCGAAUAGAUUCAUGGUGCAAUGCCGCAGGCUUUAUACAGCAGCAAAUCGACGUUCAGGAUGAGUUGCUAAAGGCAUGGCAGGAUUCCCAGCAGGCAGAUGAAGAAAUAGAGGACGAGAUGGAAGAACAGCUGCAUGAUUACUCUGGAAAAGCCACAUUGCAAUGGAAAUCGUG